AUGUAUGCUGUGUCUUUUAGUGCUGAGGGUGACUGUUACCUGUGUGUUCCGCCCGACCCGGGCAUUGAGGCUGCUGCUCUAGGUGCUGGUGAGUCUUCUUCUCCAGGUGCUGGUGAGUCUGCUGCCCCAGGUACUGUCUUGCCGUGCCCAGCGCUCCCGUCUGGCUCUCUGUCUGGCCUCCUUUUCCCCUCGUUCUCCACGAACUUGGUGAGUGGAGCUGCCCUUCAGGAUGCCUGGGUUGACUAG